AUGGCAUUUAAUACAAAAUUUACAGAAUUAUUUAAAUGUAUUGGAAUAAAAUAUCCUAUCGUAUCCGCUCCGAUGGCUUUUGUAACUGGCGUUGAAUUGGCUACGCAAGUUACUUUAGGGGGUGGAUUUGGAUUUAUUCCAGCAGGCAUUAAAACUGCUGAAGAAUUAAGUCAUGAUCUCAAAAGUGCAAUGAAUUUGUUUAAUAGUUCACCAGAACUUCUUCCAAUUGGAGUUGGAUUUAUGACCUUCAUUCUUGAUAAAGAUGGAGUUUCCACACUUAAAGCUGCUCUUUCACAUAAACCGGCAGCUGUGUGGUUUUCAUUUGGUGACUUUCAAAAAUAUCUACCAAUCGUUCGCGAAAUGUCACCAAAAACGAAAAUAUUUUCACAAAUUCAAACUGUUGAAAUGGCGAUUGUCUCAGCUAAAUUCGGAGUAGAUGUAAUAGUGGCUCAAGGAAACGAAUCAGGCGGUCAUGGAUUAAUUAAUAAUGCCAGUACAUUAACUUUAGUUCCAGAAACAGUUGAUGCUCUAAAUGACAGUGGGAAUGGUCAUAUUCCAGUAUUAGCUGCUGGUGGAAUCAUGGAUGGACGUGGUUUGGCUUCUGCGCUCAUGCUUGGAGCUUCAGGAGUAGUAAUGGGUACACGAUUUGUAGCAUCAAAAGAAAGUCUUUCUAAACCACAGGCAAAAGAGAUGCUUGUAAAGUCGUUUGAUGGUGGUGUAAGUACCAUUAGAACUAAUGUUUUUGAUAAAUUGCGACAACCAAAUGUUUGGCCUGAACAUUUUGAUGGUAGAGCUUUGAGAAAUAAGACUUUGGAAGAUAAUAUUGAUUUUAAUGAUGAAAAGAAAACAGUAGAGAAAAGAAAGAUCUACGGAGAGGCAAUGAAAAAUGCUGAUUAUUCUCGUGCAGUAAUUUAUGCUGGAGCAGGUGUCGGUCUUAUCAAAGAAAUAUUGUCCGCCAAGAGGGUGCAAAAGUUACAAUAG